CAGAAGCGGACUUGUGAGCGUUCGUUAAGAACAGCCUUUCGCGGCCGUAUUGGCAUAUUUCCUUUCCUUCCAGCACGACAAUCGCUCAUUGCAGAGGCAGCCUUAACAAUGCCUCGUUGCUGGCCUUCGUUCCGCUUCCGCUCCAAGAAGGAAGCGGGGGUGUCCACCAAGCCGGGCAAGCUCCCGGACAGCGGGUCCAGCGCCUCCACGCUCGGCUCCGACGCCAAGAGCAAGACAGCGGAGGAGAGCGAAAAGGUCAACGGGCUGGAAGAGGGUCAGGAAGAGAAGAAGGACGACAAGAAGAAAAACGACAAGAAGAAGGUCAAGAAAAAGAAGGACAAGAAGAAGGAGGAUGAGGACUCCAAGGAGGAUGGAGAUACGAAGGACAAAAAGGAGGACGACAAAAAAGAGGACGACGAUGAAGAUGGCGACGAAGACAAGGACAACAAGGAUGACGAAGACAAGGAAAAGAAGGUGAUUGUAGGCUCGGUCAGCGAGGCCAAGAAUAUUUACAGGGGCGCCUCGGACGACGACGGGAACUGGACCUGGGUCGACAAGUAUCCCGAUGGCGUCGAGGAGGCGGCCGAGAACGAGGAGACGGCCAAGUACGCCAUCGUCGUGCGAAAUCAGAAGAGCAACGACAGCCGCAAAAAGCUCGAAGCCCACAGCAUCAUCGUGCAGAGCCCGCAGAUCAGGGCUGUACUGGCCGAAAUCAUGGCCGACUACCCGGGAGUCGCCUGCGAGCUGACGCGCCUCGAGUUCGAGGCGCCCUUCAAGCCGUUUGUGCACCGAUGGAACGAGUUCCAGAAAUACAUUGAGAAGCCAGAUCUCGAUGAGAAGACCAAGAAGGACAUGAAGGUGCUGAUUGACAUUAUGAACUACGAGAUUGGCGACAAUGUCAAGACGUUCCAGGAUUACGUCAAGAACGGGGUCGUGUGCUUCAAGGACCUGUGGAUGAUCUUCCAACCGGGCACCGUCGUCAUCGCGACGGGCCAGGGCCAGCUCAGCGCCUUCGAGAUGGUCGAGACCGAGUACCAGACGACCAACCGGGGCCGGUUCCUGGUGGUGCGGUGCGACUGCGUCGACUACGGCGGCAAGGAGUUUGGCAGGUACCAGGAGCAGAUCCUCAUCCCCGAGUUCAUCGGCACCAAGAAGAUCACGGGACUCAAGGUGUACCCCCUGCACUUCCACAAGGACAAGGAGUCGGUCGAGGCCAAGCUGAUCAAGCGGGGCGAGCUCUUUGAGAAGCUGGCCGGGCAUCACUACAAGCAGUACUCGGGCAAGGCGAUCGGGUGGGACCGCGACGAGAACGAGAUCGAGUUGGAGGUCUCGGGCCGCAUCAUUGUCGACAUCGACAGCUUCAAUCGCUUCAGCCCCUGGCGGGUCCGGUACGUCAACGAAUGGAGCGCGACCGACCUGGACCGCUUCAGCAAGUACAAGGAGAAGAUGGGCAUCACGGACGACAAGUUCGUCCUGCCGCCCUACUACCAGAUGCUCGCCCGGGCGCGGACGCGCGGCUACUCGCUCAAGUUCAAGAAGUGGCUCGACUUCUUCGUCGACCAGAUCACCGAGGUCGAGUGGAACACGACGGCGUUCGACAGGCUGGUCCUCCCGCCGGACCAGAAGGAGCUCAUCAUGUCCUUCUCCGAGUCGCAGAUCGCGGGUAGCCAGUUCGACGACAUCAUCCAGGGCAAGGGCAAGGGCAUCAUCUGCCUGCUGUCGGGCCCGCCCGGCGUGGGCAAGACGCUGACGGCCGAGGCGGUGGCCGAGACGCUCCGGGUGCCGCUGCACAUGCUGAGCUCGGGCGACCUCGGGUCGAGCCCGUGGGAGGUCGAGCGCGAGCUCAACUCGAUCCUGGAGCUCGUCGCCCGGUGGAACGCGAUCCUGCUGCUGGACGAGUGCGACGUCUUCCUGGAGGCGCGCAGCACGCACGAGCUGGAGCGCAACAAGAUCGUCUCCAUCUUCCUGCGCACGCUCGAGUACUACGAGGGCAUCAUGUUCAUGACGACCAACCGGGUCGAGGAGAUCGACGCGGCCUUCCAGUCGCGCAUCCACGUCAGCAUCGAGUACCCCGACCUGACGGCCGCCUCGCGCCGCACCAUCUGGACCAACUUCCUCCGCGGCUCCACCAUCAAGAGCUCCCUCACCGACCGCGACAUUGCCGAGCUGGCCGAGCUCAAGCUCAACGGCCGCCAGAUCAAGAACGUGCUCAAGACGGCGCAGCUGCUGGCGGCCAGGAAGAAGAGCGAGACGCUGGACCGCAAGUACAUCGAGACCGUCCUGGGCAUCGAGAAGAAGCGGCCCGGGGCACCCCAGCAGAUGAUGCACUAUCUCUAAGUCGUAGUAGUUGACGGUCGGCCGGUUUUGGGUAAGGAAGGGCGCAGACGGGUUGGGUGCGGAACGGCGUUUCGGCUUGGUGGGAUGAAAUGAAACGGCGGGCUGGGGGCCGGUCGAUAAUUAAAGGGAAUAUUACGGGGUGUUGUGGGAGAGCAUAUACAUUUCUCUUUUGAUGUCUGUUUUACUUUCCGUUUUUUUUUAUAUCCCUUUGUUUUUCCUUGUUCUCGGUGAUGUCCUGAUUUGUCUGUCUGUCUGUAAUCACGGAGUUCCAAUGGAUAAUAAUAAUUACCAGGCGUUGGAUAUUGAAUU